AAGAAGAGUGAGUGGCCGGCCGCCCCCCUCAGUGGGAACGGGGGGAAUGGACGGACAGCCACUUCUAUAGACGGAGAGCCUCUCAGAGCGAAACCUACUGCUGCAGGUAUAGCUGUGUGUGUGUGUUUUCUGUGUGUGUGUAUUUCAUGAAUACUAUGUGUGUGUUAUGUGCGUGCAUCCGUGUGUGUGUGUUUCUCAUGUGUCCUCUCUUUCUGUGUAGGCCCUGAAUGGUUUUGUCCUGGUGGUCACCACUAAUGGCUCCAUCUUCUACCCUCUCCAACCAUCCAGGAUUACCUGGGCUUCCACCAGGUACAUACUGAUCAUUACUUAUUGAUUAUAGAAUUGUUGAAUAUAGGAUUAGGAUGACUUGGGCACUAUAUUUAUGACUCUUGUAGCAUUCUGGGUGUUAAUUCUGGGCUUAUUUAUUGAUGUAUAUAAUGCUGUCCAGUCUGAUGUGGUGCACCAGAGUGUUUACGACCUGAUCCACAUGAAUGACAGAGCUAUGUUCCGGUGUCAGCUUCACUUCGCCCUCAACCCCAACCAGAACGACUCAGAGGCCGGGCCAGACGGUGUGUACAGUAAAUGGACCACAGCACUCUGAACAUGCUCUGUUUCUUUUAGUGAUUGGUAUGUUGUUGAUAGAACAGUCCAUAUAUCUCAACAUGUAUCUAAUGGUAAUGUCAUCUGUCCUCUGCAGCCAUGCAAUCUAGCAACAGGCCCCAUAGUGAGUCAAUGAGCUACCUGCCCCAGCACAUCCCUCCAGAGAACAGCUCCUUCCUAGAGAGAAGCUUCUGCUGUCGCUUCCGCUGUCUACUAGACAACACCUCCGGCAUCCUGGUAGGACCACAUGAAAAAUAAAGAUAUGAUAAAUACAUAUAUCAAAUGUGAUCCAUAGGUUAACCAUAAUCCAUAAAUGACAUGGACAGCACUCUCCGAAAAAUACAUUUGAAUGAUUCACUGAAUGCAACAUGCUCUCUCUCUCCUCUAGGCGUUGAACUUCCAGGGGCGUCUGAAGUAUGUGUGUGGCCAGGGGAGGCUGGGGGAUGACGGGGUCACGGCCCCCGCUGAGCUGACCCGCUUGCCAUCGCUGUGCCCCUGCAGCCCCCGGCUGUCAUGGAGAUCAGGACCAAGACACUCAUCUUCCAGACCAAACACAGACUGGACUUCGCCCCCAUGGGUAUAGACACCAGGUACUAUAGACACCAGGUACUGGAGUAACCCCAAAAUCCUGCAGUGUUAGAACCCUUACCCUAACCCUAUGGGCAUAGACACCAGGUACUGUACAGAAAGAAGGGGAAGCAAUGUGUGUAAUCCCUCAUCACGUCUCACAGCAUCACUGAGAACAUUGUACCCUCCCUGGGACUAAUAUAGAGGGAACUUGAGAGGACAAUGUUGGUUUCCUUCUAAUAAUAUGUGCUCUGUCAUCGGACCUUCAUAAAUCGACCUGUGUGUGUGUGUCCGUGUGUGUGUACCAUGUGUCUCUUCGAUCCCCUCCAGAAGUAAAUUGGUGCUGGGUUACUCUGAGACAGAGUUGGUCACUUGAGGCUCAGGCUACCAGUUCAUCCAUGCUGCUGACAUGAUGUACUGCGCAGACAACCACCUCAAAAGUGAGUUAGAUUGUAGUUACUCAUUACACACAUGCACACACACACACACGCAUAUGAGUAAAACAAUUCUGAAGCUUACAUCUGGUAUUUUGCAAGCCAACAUUCAGUAUGAUGCAGUCUGACUCCUCUCUCUCUCUCUCUCUCCCCCCCCUCUCUCUCUCUCUCUCUCUCUCUCCUCUGAAAAAACAGGAGAGACUGGUUUCACCAUCUUCAGGCUGCUGACUAAGGCAGGUGUGUGGGUUCAGGCCAACGCCAGGGUCGUCUUCAAGGCAGGGAGACCCGACUUCAUCGUCGUUCGACAGAAAGCCCUAACGUGAGCCUACUGUUGACAUUUAUCUUUACUCAAAAUAGUUGUAUCAUUCCAUGGUAUGGUUUAUAUACGGUAUGUUUUAGUGGCCUUUGACCUUUGUCACCCAUCUACAGGAACCAGGAGGGCGAGGAGCACCUGCGUCAGAAGAGAAUACAGCUUCCCUUCAACUUUGCCACUGGAGAGGCUCUGCUGUAUGAGUCCUGUUCCUCUCUAGGUACUGCCAUUAUGCCUCCAGGACCACCCAUCCCCCAAGGCCUCACUCCCCCAGGCUCCAGCCCUGAAGACAAGCCCCUAGAACCUGCCUCUCUCCUGGGGCCCCUACUCUGUCAAGACUGUUCCGUUUACACUCAGCCCCAGGACCCUAACCCUAGCCUGGACCUCCAGGACUUUUCCCCAGACUUAGACCUAGCCUUCCCCCAGGAACAGGACCCAGGCCUGGAGAGACCCUUCCUGGACAGCCACGCUCUGCUGAGUGUCCCCAGGGAACUUCAGGGGCCCCAGAGGCCCAGCAGGGGAGACCCCACAGCCCAAGCCAUGAUGGACUCUCUGGGGGAGAUCCUGGGUGAGAUGGGGGUGGGGGCUUGGAGGGGCUGAGGUUGGAGGAGACAGAGCUGAGGAAGUGGGAGAGCACCCUCUUCAGGAUCAACAUGGAACAGCAGGAUGUGACGGGGAAGCUGGAUGAUAUCUUAGCCAAUGACGUGUUCUCAUAUGUGGAGGAGGCUCUGAUGAGGGAGAGUGAUGGUGGAUGUGUGAUUGGGACAGGCCACUGAGCCAAUAAACGGGCUCCCUGCUCACAACACUGCCAAUCAGAACACACUGGGUGUGUUCCCUCACUCCCAGAGUUCCAUAUUGCCAGGCAACCAGGGGUUCAAUGGCGGGAACGGCUCACACAGUGAGAACCAAUGGCAGAUGGCUGGUCCACACAUGACCUAUAAACUCAACAGCUAUGAAGAGCAGAGGCUGCUGGGAAAUUGA